AUGUCUGUGACAUCGAUGUCCAGGUGGACAGAGGAGCGGGUGGCGGAGACUGUCACUUCUGCCUACAUCCAGUCACAUCUGCGACCAAAUGAGCAGGAGCUUUUACAGAAAACUCUGUAUUUUGGGGGCGACCUUACUGACGACACUUACCUGGACCGGAUCUUGAACCGCGCCCGGCGUUUCUUCCUUAUUCUCGUUGCUACAGGGGUACCCGAGCAGAUAUUUGGCAUUAUCGACGACUCGUAUGAUGAUGAAGACCUACCCAUUGCCGAACAUGCCGUCAUUGAAUUGCGCCUGUCCUUUGAGCCGGACCGCUCGCUGGACAAACGCUUUUACAAAACCCAGUUCCGGUUCCUCACCCGUGUCAUUGGGGAAGGCGAACAUAUCCGCUACGCAGAUGAAGAGACGGUUCCCAUCAUUCCCCUCAGCCUAAAGUCAAUGGUUCUCGCCCGAAAUCAUGAGGGCCCUGACAGAGUCCGUCUGGCCACUGAUCCGCCAAAGAUGUUGCUCCGCCGUCGGAUCGCCCUGGACGCCGAGGUGAGCGAGGAAGAUAUCUUGAGCGAGAUUGCGGGUAGCAGGAAGUUGUGCCACGAACACAUCGUCUCGGUCUUUGGGUCCUACCUUUACCAAGGAGUGUUUAAUGUCUUAUCCCUGCCUGGCGCCGAGUGGACCCUCAAAACAUUCCUCACUGAAACCCCCAAAAUGUUUAGCAACCUGAGCAAGGCAGAACGUCGAACGGCGCUCAUCACUUGGCCCCAUUGCUUAGCCAGCGCUUUAGUCUGGCUUCAUGGGAACGGCGAAUACCACGGAGCUAUACGACCGUCUAACAUCCAGGUUGAUGAGUCGUUCAAUAUCUCCCUUGGCCUGCUAGAUGGAGAAGGCCACCUUCGCGACACUGCCCGACCCGACGACAUUGAAGCAUACCAGUAUGGCCCACCGGAGAGAUGGAAAAGAGCAGUUACGGUCCAGAAUACGGGACCGAUGGCCAUUGCACUUCCAUCCGGAGGACGGACGGGACGAAGGAUCGGCCACAACAGAAAAGGCCUUUCUCCGGAUGGCAAAGACAGUACAAGAAGCAGGUCAACCUCUAUCACCACAACUUAUACUUUCCAACCCACAUCCAAGGGAGCUUACGCUCGUCUGCGACUGAAUGUAGCAAUGAGUCCGGACGUGACACCCGCUUCAAUUGGGCAGGCACAAACCUUGCAAUCGCACCCUGGCAAAGACUCUGUCCCGACCCAAGCCACACCGCGAUCUCCCCUCCACAGCAUGGUACGCGGAAAGACGCCCUCGGUCAUCUCUUCCGACAGUUACAGGGUGCAGCACAGCAGUCAGGGGUUCGGCGGUCCUAUCUUUGUGUCUGCCCCUGAAAGUCGCAGCGCCGUUGUGCAGACGUGGCAGUCCGUUGAGGAGGACAUGUUCGCAUCAGACAUCUUCUCACUUGGGGCGACUAUAAUGGACAUCAUGAAUCUUUUGUGUAAGAGGAGCUAUAGUUCAUUCUCCAGACACCGAUCAGCAAGAAACCGAAUGGCCGGUCGAGGCGGCGGUCUUGCUGAUGCCAGCUUCCAUGCAAAUCUCGGCCAGGUCUUUCUCUGGGCGGAAUCCCUACACAAGGAAGCUGAAAAGAAGGCACACAAGGACGAGAGCCAGGUAUAUCAUGCCGUCGGUCCAGUUGUGCAACUUGCUUUGCAAUGUCUUGAACGAGAUCCUGCGGCGCGGUUGACAGGUGUCCAGCUGGAGAAACGACUAGAGGAUUGCAUAUGUCGCUGUACUGGCAUGGGCCAACUACACUGCCGGUCGGCACGAGGCGAGAGCAGACAGCCGACCGCGAGCAUUCCUGUCAGAGAGCACACCUCUUCAGGUGGAGCUAUCAGAAACACCAAAUCAGUGGAUCGACUGCGACAAGACUUGCAAAACUCCAGCUCACCGGACGCAGAAUGGAAACGGCAGCAGCAGCACCUGGUCCUUCCCGAUGCCUCGACUCUACAAGCACAUCUCGGUCACACUCCUCCGAGCGUGGCCACCACACCUGGUGCGACAUCUGACAACUCUCUUCUCGCGUUUAAUUUUGAUGGAUUUUCGGAUACGAUCGUCGCAGAGAGUCCCCGUCUUGCGGAACACUCGCCACCACGGCCGAGCCGCCGAGGUGAGGUUGCCAUCCCUCGUCAUGAAGUCGUGUGGUCGGCCGAUCAAGCAAGUUCCAAGAGAGCUUUCUGGAAAACACUGCAGAACAAUGACAGUCAGGUUGAUCCCCGGCUGUCAUUCGGCGACUCCAUCGAUACAGGAGCGUUCACUUAUAUCAACUAUAGCAGCAGUGCAUCCUCGGAGGAAGACCAUAUGUUUCUCCCUCGAUCUUAUACUGAUCCUCCCAGCCCGGCGCCCAACCGAGCAUUACCCGCGGUGCCGCCACUUCAGACCAAAGUUCGCUCGACCAGACCCGAGAGGCAGGUUGCCCCUAUCAAACGAUUAGAAGAGACUGUCGCUCCGUUGGGCCGCUUCUCGGAUAAAGCUACGGGCAGAAAGCCCCCGCCGAGGGUGGAUAGUCUUCCAAAGAUGCGAUAUCACGAGGAAGAUGAUUACUGGGAUAGUCUGAGGCACGCCAGACCGCCGGAGGCCAUGAAAGCGUCUUCCCGCAGCCGCUCCCGACAUGGACGCGAGCGAGGGUAUGCCAUUUGA